UUAAAGCUCUUGACAUCUGAAGUGUUUGCUAUAAAGACAUAGCAAAUGUCUUUGGGUUGCGGAUUUUGUAUGUUUUGGUUUAAAUCAUGAUUAAACCUAAUUGAAAAGACGAUUGUAUGGUCUGAAAUGUACAGUUUAUUUGGUCCACACUGAAGUUCACUGUCGAGGUGAUUCGUUUCCAGCAGCUCUCUGGGCAUGACAGACAAGUUUGACAACAGCUGACUAAGGAAUAUAGUUUCCAACGUUUUUUUCGCUGCGCUAAUGGAAAGUCGUAACCCUUAAACUGUUUAAUCAUACGGCUGAAGAAAAUAUGGGAAAAUGGCAGUUCACAAUGGACCCCGUGCAAGAGUGGGGAGAGGAGGUAGAAGAUGGGGCCAUCUAUGGAGUCACUCUUCACCGAGAACCCAUCCAGCCCCCACCAGACACAGCCGAAAAUGAUUCUGCCUUCGGAUUCAUGCAGUACCGCACACUGAAGGUCCGCAGGCUUAAAGCAGCCACCAUGGAGCGUCUUGUGACGGAGUUAGUGAACCCAGAGUGCCAUGACCCAGAUUACAUGCAAAUUUUCCUUUCCACCUAUAGAGCCUUUACCUGCACAGAUUCUCUCUUAGAGCACCUGUUUCAAAGAGAGGACAUGGUUACCAAUCUUGACAAUAGUGUCUGUGUUAGAAGUGCUCUGCCGCCUUUGAUCCGGCUAUGGUUAGACGAGUAUCACGAGGACCUUCGAGACUCUCCUGAUCACCAGGCCCUGAGGCUGCUCUGUGUUCAUCUGCGCCAUCGCCUGUGUUUCAGACGACUGGUCCAUCAAGCCGAUGCUCUUCUCAAAAGGUUUCAGAUGGAAGACAAGCAUAUAGGUGUUUGUGCAACAGCGGAAGCCUGUGGAACUGAUGUUGAGAAGCCAGUAGGAGAAGAAACCAUGGAGAGACGGGACAUAGGGGAGAUGGGGAAUGUUCUGGAUUUCCCUGCAGAAGACAUCGCAGAGCAGCUCACACUAUUGGAUGCUGAACUGUUUGUCAAAGUGAUUCCAUUUCACUGCCUUGGCUGCAUUUGGUCUCAGAGAGACAAGAAAGAAAAUCGGAAUCUAGCGCCUACAGUCCGUGCCACCAUUGCCCAGUUUAAUGCUGUCACUAACUGCGUUAUCACCUCUCUGUUGUGCCGUCCUGCCUUCUCCCCUUCCGGCUCCCCAGUUUGCCCAAAGAGCAGCCCCACACAAAGGGCAAAGAUUAUUGAGAAGUGGAUCUCUGUAGCUCAGGAGUGCCGUCAGUUGAGAAAUUUCUCCUCUCUAAGAGCCAUCUUAUCUGCUCUUCAGUCCAACGCUGUUUACCGACUAAAAAAAACCUGGGCGGCAAUCAGCAGGGAGAGUAUGGCCACCUUUGAUCAUCUGUGUGAAACGUUUCCCGAUGAAAACUGUGUGCUAGUAAAUCGAGACAUCCUUGUAGAGGUAGCAGAGGUGGACACUCAUUCUGCGCCAAAGUCUCCAAGACUCAGUCCUACAUCUAAGCACACGAGCUCCACCAAUGGGGAGGUGCCGUAUCUGGGCACUUAUCUGACUGUUCUCACCAUGUUGGACACAGCACUAGGUGAUAUUGUUGAGGGAGGUCUCAUCAACUUUGAGAAGCGUAGGAAAGAGUUUGAGAUUCUGUCUCAAAUCAGGCAGCUGCAGGCAUCAUGUGCUCAGUACAACCUCCAAUCAAAUCCUCGCAUCACUUCCUGGAUCAAUAGCGGCAUGCUCCUCUCAGACCAGAAGAGCUAUGAGUUGUCAAGAGAGCUGGAGCCGCCAGUUGACCCCUGUCCCAGCUCACCCAACCUCUGGAGCCACCGGCUCAUCACCAAGAAACUGACCUCAUUGCUGUCUGGCAGUGAAAACUUUACUAAGAAGACUUUUGCUGAUCAGAUCAGUGUAUCAUCCUCUGGCUCCAGUGGUUCAGAGAUGGAAGAUCUCACCAACAUCUCACCCCUUAGAUACAAAGUACAGUCGCCAUCUGUAUCUUGUCAGGAUGUCUCAGUAGACACGUCCACCUUCUCUCUGACUCCGCCCACCUCCUUACGAAGAUCCUUACAGCCGGACUUGUCUGCCCUGGACCCUGACAGCCCCUCCCCUUUAUCGUCUUCAUCAUCGUUAGCAUCUUCAUCAUCAUUAUUACCAUCUUCAUCAUCCUCUCCUCUCAACCAGCACAGUGCCCUUCAUCCAGUGUACAACAAGCAGAUUGCUGAUUCCUGUAUUGUCAGGGUCAGUGUGGAAUUUGGCAACAACGGCAAUGUUUAUAAAAGUAUUUUGAUAACAAGUCAGGAUAAGACAGCUCAGGUGAUUCAGAGAGCCCUGGAGAAACACAACCUGGAGGAGAUGAACUGUCAGGAUUUUAGUCUCACACAAGUGCUUUCUAAUGACAAAGAGUUGCUGAUCCCAGACAAAGCCAAUGUGUUCUAUGCCAUGUGCACCACUGCCAACUAUGACUUUGUGCUUCGUCAGCAUUACAAAAAUCACUGCAGAGGUCCGGGCGCAACCUGGAGUCCUGGAGCUGUGUUACGGGGACGCAAAUAACAGCAAGUAACACAGCUGCCAUUGACUGUUGUAAAGCUACUUCAUUAUAAACUUAUUUUUAAAGUGAACAGAGACUAUGUUUCAGUGGCUAUACAACAAAAUGGACAACUACCUGUGGUAACAUUGCAUUGAAAUGAGGCAUUAAAACAAAGAACAAAGUGUGUUCAAGACUGGCGAAUACAUAAUUAACAGGGAAAACUGCUGGCUAAUGGAUGUCAAAGCUCAAACAAAUUAAAAAAUGGACUGGUGGGUUCUUCAUUGGGCUCUGAAAUAUACAAAUACAAAAUACAAGGAAACUGUAGCACUGCUACCACAAAAGUUAUCAUUCAUAUGCAUUAUUUUAUUCUGUUCUGAUUUGUAAUUGGUUAAAUAUGAUGUAAGAAUGGUUCAAAUAAUCAUGAAACCAAGAAACCAAGGGAAAUCACAAUAUAUGGCCACAACUACUGCUAUUUUAUUCAUUUUGCUGUGAAAAGUGUGGUCACGCAAAAGAUGCCUCAGAGUUUUACUGAGAAACAUCUGUUUGUAGGUGGAUGAGCAAAUUUUAUAUAUAUCAUCUCCAAACACAAACUUUUAAAAAUAUUUAUGUAGCUAAAAUUCAGUGAUAGGAAAAUACAGAAUAGAAAUGAAUAUAAAGUAAUUUUAGUUUUCUAAGCAGUUUCAACUAAUAAAGAUAAUAUAUUAGAAUUUUAAUAAAGAUCACAUUAUUUUAAAGGUGCAUUAUGUAACAAUUUUCAUGCAAUAUUCACCUUUUUUUUUUUUUUGCCAAUGUGUGAACGGCUUGUAACGCAACUUGAAAAAUGAGUCCUUCCCGGACUUCCUAGGUUGCCUAUUAAAGCCUGUAGACUGAUUUUCAUGUGAAGGGAGCGGGUCGGUUUUGCCGGGAAAAUCCAAAUGAUGUGAUGUUUAUGCGUGCUCCCGAGAGCCUUCUACUGAAUCCCGUCUGGCUAAGUGGGAACGUGAUCGUGGUCGAGCGAAAACUAGAGUGAACAUCGGCAGGGCAUUUGAUUCCUGGAGGACCUUCGUUUGGUUUGGGGGAUCAAAACCGACCCUGAAUUGGUGUUCUUCUUAUUGGACAGGUAAGCUUACAUACAUGCAAAGCAUGUGAAAUAUAGUGCCAUAAGGAUUGAUCUGUGUAAUUUUAGCUAACUUGAUCUUGCCUGCUAACGCUGACGAAUUGCAAGCUACCUUGCUUCGUAACUUUCAAAUAAUUUCAACGAUCUUCUCUUUAUACUAAAAGUCAGGUAUACAGGAUAAAUUUAAGCAAAUACGCUGGUUUCUUGAUCGUAGUACAACAUAUGACAUAAAAACAUACAAUAGUGCAACAUAACAGUGCAGUGCAACAGUAAACUGUCUGGUAUAGUUCGGUAGUAUGUAGCUGUAUGUGUGUAUCAGUAUGCUAUGUUAGCUGAUAAGUAGUUUUAGUUUAGUCUCAAAGUUUGUAGUAAAACAUUCAUAACUGUAAUUUUAAUUAUACUACCUCAUCUGUCAGCAUGAUGCUGGUGGAUCACGUUCAGCCUCUUUGUACGUUACGUCAUUGUUUUGGCCGAUGCUCGCUCGCUCGUGUCCCUAUGGAGUGUGUGUACGAGCGCAAGCACGAGCAACAGGUAGCUGGCUGCAGUUCACUUAACGGCCACAGGUGUCAUUAAUAACAAGGGUUUCUGAGUCUUACAUACUGCACCUUUAAUGUUUUGUUUCAUUUCAGUGUUAGAGUAUUUAACUUUUAUAUGCGCACAUUAAAUUGAUCUAUUUUUGUUUGUUUGGUUGUUUUGUUCGGUUUCCUGUCUGCUUUUAUUUAAUUUUUAGCAGAUUUUAUGUGCAAUAAUAUGAAACCCAUAAGAUGUUAUUUUUCUAAAACCUUGUUUGUCAAGGCUUGUGAUGACAGAAUUGAAUGAUGGAAGAUGUUCUUUGAAUUAUGGCAAAAGUGCCAAAUCUUUGUCCUUAUCAUGAAUGCUUGCAUAUCACUUUUUAAAAGGUAUUUUUAGAAGUUAAGUGUGUUCUGUUUUUUCUAACAGUGUCAAAUGAAGGAGCUACAUAUCCAUAUUGGAUAUCUUCAGACUUUCUGAGCAAAUGCAGUGAAUAAGUUCCAGAAUUGGAGGGCGCAGGUGCACUAGAUGUGAUUUAGUAUGUGUUUUGUGAAAGUCAAAGAAAGUCAGUUGCUGAAGUCUGUGAAAAGGAAGUGCUUGGUCUGCGUAGAAUGGUUUACUGCUCGUAGUGGGGCAGGCGUGUUCCUUUCAAAUAAAGUGUUUUUGCCAAAAGUAAGGGGGACCUGAAUGAGGAUUAAAAGCACACUUUUGCUGUUUGCACAGAAAGUCACAAUUCCUGACUGAAACAUAUACAAUCUUUCUGUCUGUUUUUGUGUACGUCUGUGUAAAAAUUAAAAAACUACUUUGGAACUUAGUGUAGUCUUUGUUUUGUAUUCUUGAAUUUUAAACAAUAAAUUAACUUUUUCUUGUUUAAAAUGUGCCUUUUGUGGUUUAUAUUUCUGGUGAUGGUCAUCACAAUAAUUUGAAACUGGCAGAACUUGCCCUUCUUUCUUUUAAUCAUUUUUUAUUUUUUAUUUUCUCCCAAAUUUGGAAUGCCCAAUUCCCAAUGUGCACUAAGUCCUCAUGGUGGUCUAGUGGCUCGCCUCAAUCCGGGUGGCAGAGGACGAAUCUCAGUUGCCUCCGUGUCUGAGACCGUCAAUCCGCGCAUCUUAUCACGUGGCUUGUUGAGCGCGUCAUCCACGCACAACUCACCACACGCCCCACCGAGAGCCAGAACCACACAUUAUAGCGACCACGAGGAGGUCACCCCAUGUGACUCUACCCUCCGUAGAAACCAGGCCUCCAGGGGUGGUAGUCAGCGUCAAUACUUGCUGAGCUACCCAGGCCCCUCUUUUAAUCAUUUCUAAUAAUAAAUAAAUAAAUUAUAAUAAAUAAGUCCUAACAAUAUAUAUCUCUACUAUUACUUAAGAACAUUUAGAAAUGUCUCACUAAGAAAAGUGUUCAUUUAAAUUUUUCCACAAAUCAAGAAGCCUGAUUUAGUUACAUUUUAUUAGAAUGUAAGAUAUGUUUGGUUUGAUUAAGAAUUAAUUUAUGGCAAAUGUUUGAAAACCAGAACACACAAGUUAAGCCACAGUUGUUUGUAUACUUUCCAACGUGACAAUCUGCAGCCUACCACCAGAAAGCACACAUGUCUAUACUUAGUAGAAAUUAAUUUUUAUGUUUGGGUGUAUUUAGAUCUUCAUGUUUGCCAUUGUCUUUUGUUGUUUUUUGUUCAUUGUGUGAGUUCUGGUUUGUCAUUUUCAUGAUUUAAUUUCUUGGUCAUUGUCACAAUGGUUUCUUAAUU